AUGUCCACCUCGAGUACGCUAAUACCCCCAUCUCCGUCGUCCAAAAGCGCAUACGGCCGGACGCUGAACGACGCAUAUGCACGAUGGAAAGUUGCAGACGAAGCGGUACAGAGCUUGGCUGAGGAAGAACGUGUAUUGGAUGAGUGCACCCGAGAACUGGCUACAGCGCGUAAAAUGGCGACGAAUCUGCGCACACAUUUGAGUCCAAGUACACCACAUUUGCCCUUGCAGGCCGUCCCGCUGGGUUCGACGACGGACCUCGUGGAGACCGCCGUCCAGGUACACGAGUUGGAGAGACGUCUUCAUCGACUCACGAAGCAGGUUGAGGAUUUGAAGCUUAUCGCCGGAGCGCUUGACGAAAACUACGAUGUGCUCAGGCAGAUACUGGACACUGGCCCCCUCCCGUCCUGGCACCUCAUCCAAGGGAACGAAGAAGCCAUAGAGCGCGCAGAAAAGACCGUAGCAGCGCGCGAGGCAGUAUACAACGAUAGUGUUGUGACGACAGAUGCGUUUGUACGCGCACGCCGGUGCAUACAAUCAGCGCAUCAUCAUUAUUCCCAAGCAAUGGAUCUCGUGGAUAGCAUCUGCAGCCCAACGCGGGGAAUUUUUGCAGCCAUGAUGGGGGACGAGCAGAGUAAGGAGCAGACUUACCGAGAGGCCGGAAAUUGGGCAAAGAAAGCCCAAUUUUGCUUUCAGGAAAGCCUGAGCGUGCUUGAGCCGCAUCAAGAUGUCCUUGAGACCGUGCGCUCAGAUGAUCGUGAGCAGCUUGUGCAGGCAGGGCUCUUACAGGCUGUCAGAUUAUACGAGCUCAUGUAUGGGGGGAAGGCGCUGAGCUUUGGGAUCACCCAGCAAGUGCAAGUGAUGGUGCAGAAGCAGCUUGCCAUCUUCGAGCGCCUCACGCAGUUUGCCGUAGGGAUUCAGGACUGCACGAUCAACUGCGAGAGCGUGCAGCAAGAUGCAAAGGCUCAGAGAGACACGGCGAGACGACAACUUGUCUCGUUGUGGAUGAAGGGAGCGCAUGGUUCGGCUGUUGGUUCUGAUCGUCAUUAUUCUGGCUCUGGAUAG